UGAUGAAAGUGACAGGCAGCUUGACGUUUUGAUAAUUUAUAAAUAAUCAUAAAUUUCAGUGGUGUAUUGUGCAAUUCUGCUCAGUGUAAUAAAAUCGUUAGAUUAGUAAUCUUCGCUAGUUUUUGGUUGCGGUGUAUUAUAGCCUGUUCUUACAGUCCAGUAAAUAUUAAGAUAUGUAAUGAAUGAAAUAUUAUAUGCUGAGAACACAAUAAUAUUCUGGAAUUCGUACUGUCACUAUUAUUGUUUGAUUGCCGAUAAAUCUAAAUAAAAAAUAAAUUAAUAGCGAAAGUUAGUGUAAUUGACUAGAAAACUGUAUAUUAGUGGCACUCUUAGAUAUACUUUCGGUUAUUUUUGUUCUCGUAUCGGGUGAAUUUAAGUUUUUGUAAAAAAAUUAAUAAGAAAUUUGACAACAUGAAGAGCGGAAAUCGUAACAAAAUUAUUUAUAAGGAAGUCGUCGUGGUGGGAAAUGGACCGAGCGGCAUCAUAUUAUCGUUUUUAUUGUCCGGAAAUAUUCCAUACAUCAUCUCGGAUGCCCAUCCAGAAGAAAUGCUAUCGGCCAGAUUAAGACCCUUGGUCGGGCAAUGUCUUCUUUGUCAGGACUUGGGAUUUUUGUCUUCCGGUUUGGAAGGCAGAUCCACCAACCAAGUGUCUUUGUUGAUGGACGCUUUGUUGCACCCUUACGCGGAUAUGGGAUGGGACUUGGAACCGUUGAUCGAGUUUAGGAAAACGGGAACUAAGAUCGACCACAUAGUACUCGGAAAAGGCCCACCCGGCGGUUCCUGGCAUCGCAUGGACCCCCAAAUCCUCACCCUAUCCCUCGGCAGUUGGAUGGCCCUCCCCGGUCUCCCUUUUCACUCCAGAGACUCCAGCGAGAAGCGCGCCUACGCCUCCAACGUGGCCAAAUACUACGCUCACUACACCGAAAAGAUGGAGCUCACCAAAAAUUUUCACAACUACGUCACCGUCAAUUCCGUCAACGCUAUCACCAAGAAAGCUGAAGCUAAAAAUGACAGUUGGACCACAAACAACAAUAACAAUGACAUAACAAAGUGUUGUGGGGAGAUGUGCGAGAUUUUAGAACCGGAAUCCGAUGACAGCGGUUGUGUUAAGAACGCUAUAGAUUGUUUGAUGUUGAAAAAUAGGAAGAAGACGCGUUGCAAGUGGUCCAAAAGUAAUCACGAAUCGAGCGAGGCGUUGAAGAAGAGCGAUAAGAAACGUUCGAUAAGCUUUUGCUGUGGUACAAAUACUUAUAAUUGUGAUAGAUUAUAUUCCAAGUCGAUGAACGAGAGGAUAUACAGGCAUUCUUUUAGUUUAGAAUUUCGCGAUGUGCCUUCUAGCGAUUCCCUGUACUGUGAUCGAGACGCCAAUUGGAUGAUCGAGUCUGUAGAUACGAACACCGGUGAUAAAAUCACCUACGUCUCCAAAUAUUUAGUCCUAGCCAACGGCGGUAGCGAUUUACCGAAUAGGCUGGAAGUGUCCAGGAUGAAGAAGGAGCCCAGUUGGAUGUUGUACGAUUUGGGGAGGUUAGAAAGUAAUUUGGAUUCCUAUUUGAGUGGCGAUAUUGAAGAUAUAGAUCCGUUAUUGGUUGUGGGAGCCGGAUUGAGCGCCGCCGAUGCUAUUAUAGCGGCCAGAGGAAGAAACGUACCAGUCAUUCACGUGUUUAGACAAAAAUCGCCGGAGUUGAGUAGGCAUUUGCAGGAGAAUUUGUAUCCGGAGUAUCAUAAGGUCCAUCAAAUGAUGCUGGACGGCGGUUCGACCUACCCCUACUACACCGCCUACCCCGAAUACAGCCUGACGGACUUCAACGACGAGGCCAGAACGGUGAUCAUAACCUCCAAAGAAGGCGUCAACAAGAAAAUAAACGUCUCCUUCGCCAUCAUACUCAUCGGUUCGAUGCCAGAUCUCUCAUUUCUACCGAAGCAUUACAAUUUGGCGAACAACAAGCAUUUAUUAUUAGAUUGCAAGACCAAUACGGCCGAUAUAGACGGAUUGACGUACGCCGUACGCGGGUAUGACAAUUUGUUCGCGAUAGGACCUUUAGCUGGUGAUAAUUUCGUUAGGUUUCUCUCAGGCGGGGCUUUGGCUGUGACCGCUGAGUUGUAUAGGAGAGGCGAGUACAGCUAAAAUGUGAUUAUGUUUUGUUGAUUUUAAGGAAUGGAAAAGUGAGAAAUUUGACAUGGUUUACACCUAGGUAUCUUUUAGAUUCAUUGUCAAAUUCAAUCUAUAUUAACUUCCUAAACAUAACUGGGACCCUUAUUUAUCUUACUUUUGUUAGUAAUUGAUGGAUAACGUACCACAUUCGGCAUUUGACAGCUGAUCUAUGACAUUUUACAGCUAAUGUACGACAUUUGACAGCUGAUGCACGACAUUUAACAUACAGUUAUUGAAAGAUAAAAAGGUGGUAAAUUAAAGUCAAAAUAGUGAUGUGUUGUACCUUCAAUGAUGCAACAAAAGAAGAAAGAAUUGGAAAAAGAUCGAAAGGACUGGUUUUGAGUGGAAUCUUGUACUUUAAUGGAGCGGAUUUUUUAAAAAUGUUAUUAUUUUAUUAAUAAAAUCACUGGUAACCACUAAAAAUCACAGUUAUCGUCCAGAAAUUUACUGCUUAGUUCAUCUCUAGAUCAAAGAACAAUAAUAUUCUGGAACAGGAUGCGUUAUUUUGUUUCCAAUGUCGUUUGUUCCCUCUCCUACUUAAUAUAAUGAAAGGGUGCCUAUCACGACGAUACAAAGAAAUCAUUGUGUUAAAGAGAGAAAGUAAUAUUAUUUAAAAUGUAUAAGAAGAGUUAAUUUAAAAUUGAAGUUAAUGAGCCGAACAAAAACGAACCAUUCUGUAAUUGAUUUUAAUAUAAAAGAUGAAUUUUUUUAAUACAUUAUUUGAAGGUAAUAAAAAGUAAUGGCUUAGAGCACAAAUGUUGUAUGUCCAAAAAUGUAGUUUUGAGUAAAAUCCAUUUGAAAGUUAGAGAUGACUAUGACGAGCUGUAUAAUUUUUAUUUACAUUAGUUUACUGAAUGGUAAACCUAUUUAAGUGGACGUACUAUAUUUGGAAACCAAUAAGAUUUCAUCAUGUAGGAUAUAGAAUCCUAGCUAUCCAUUUUCGACAAAAAUGGAUAUACAAUAUUUGUACUCUUAACCAUUGAACAAAAAUAUUUUUAUUUGAGUUGUUUUGUCUCUUUCUGACAAAUAUAUUUCCCUAAUAUUUGACAAGUGACAGCUGUCAUACUCUUCUACUUAUUUCACCUGCUAUUUUUUUACAAUAUCAAUGUAUUUACUCACAUUUUGUGUUCUUAUUUCAUUUAUAUUUUUCUACUUAAGAUGACGAACUUAUUUGUAUACUUAAAUUAAAAAAAAGUAUUUUAUACAUUUUUUUGAUGAUAUUUUAAUG